GCAGGGAUUCUAGGAUCUCUGCUCCAAAGUGUUACUCUGAUAAUUUCUUCAACAACCAGCCAUGGCCGAAUCGUCUACGCUCACGGACGGUGGGAAAGGACAAGCUGACGUAGUUCUAGAGGAUUUUGCCACUCGGAUGGUGGAAGUCCUGAAUAGCUGCCAGAAGUCUACACCGAGCAUGGAUUCGUCUUCGGCUCAGAUCGGCAUCAAGUUGGAUGAUACCAACUAUGCCUUAUGGUCCCAAAUUGUCGAGAUGUAUAUCUCAGGGAAGGACAAAUUGGGGUAUAUUAAUGGUGAACUCCCUCAGCCGUCACCAACAGAUCCAGCGUAUCGACGGUGGCGAACUGAAGACUCUAUCGUGAAAGGGUGGUUGAUAAAUAAUAUGGCUCCAUCCUUGAUCGGUACCUUCGUUCGUUUUCCCACAGCAAAAGCGGUAUGGGAUGCUAUUGCUACCACAUACUUUGAUGGAACCGAUACAUCCCAACUGUAUGAUCUGAGGCGGAAGGUGACUAGACUGAGACAAGCUGGUAGGCUGAUCGAAAAGUACUACAACGAUUUGCAAGGUUUGUGGAGGGAGAUUGAUUUUCGUCGGCCGAACCCGAUGGAAUGUGCUGCCGAUAUCAGCAGGUAUAAUUCUCUCAUACAGGAAGAGAGAGUCUACACUUUCCUCGAUGGGUUAGAUGACCGACUGGACCAGAUUCGCAGUGAUGUUCUGCGGAUGAAACCAUUUCCAACAGUAGAAGAGGCAUAUGCCUAUGUCCGACGAGAAGACAGCAGACAAUCGGUGAUGAUGACAGGGGGAGACCACUCAAUCGGCUCUGUCAUGGCUUCCAAGGGAAGGAAGAAUGAGCCGAUUUUAGUACCCCGAGCCGAGAUGCCAACUGAGGAAGUUAAUUGUGCCCACUGCAAUAAGAAAGGGCACACACAAGAUACGUGCUUCAAGCUGCACGGAUAUCCAACAUGGUGGAAAGAGCGCAAAGGGCGAAAUUGGCAAGCUGAUCGACUGAAUGUUGCUGGUCAGAACGGAAAGGUGGCCGUUGCAGUUGCUGAUAUCAAUAUUGCCCAGGUGCACUCUACGUCUUCUACCAAUCAGCAUCAAGGAAAUUCUCACAAAGGAGAUAAUCGGUCGUGGUACUAGGAGGGGGGAUCUAUAUUACAUUGAUGAUUUCAGUAUCGGUAGAGCCAAUCAGACAAGGAGUACCGAUAACACCAAAGAACGAGAGAUUCGACUGUGGCAUCAGCGACUAGGACAUCCUUCUUUUGGGUAUAUGAAGCACCUUUUUCCAGCACUUUUUUCGAGUAUCAAAACUGCCGAUUUAAAAUGUGAGACCUGUGUAUUAGCCAAAAGUCAUAGGGCCUCAUAUCCUGUCAGUUUGAAUAAGUCGAAUACACCUUUUGCUUUAGUACAUUCUGAUGUUUGGGGACCAUCCCCGAUCACUUCAUCUACUG